AUGGAGGAAGGUAAGGGAAAGAGUCUUAGUGUGUUGAUGUUUCCAUGGUUGGCUCAUGGUCAUGUAUCUCCGUUCCUUGAGUUAGCAAAAGAAAUGUCCGAGAGAAAUUUUCAAGUCUAUUUUGUUUCAACACUUGUGAAUCUCAACUCAUUCCGACCAAAGAUUGGAUCCAAAUACUCAGAAUAUAUCCAACUAGUUGAACUCAAACUCCCAAACUUGUCGGAACUCCCUCCUCAUUACCACACCACAAAUGGUCUCCCUCCCCAUCUCAUCAACACCUUACACAAAGCUCUAGACAUGGCAAGUUUCAACUUCUUGUCCUUGCUCAAGACCUUGAACCCAGAUCUCGUUAUAUAUGAUUUUAUGCAGCAAUGGGUACCCGAAAUGGUAUCGUCUCUUAACAUCCCCUCGGUCCAUUUCCUAUCUUCUUCUGCUGCAUUCACUUCUUAUCUUCUUCAUCCAAACCUGAGACCCAAUGAGAAGUUUCCAUUCCCUAACUUGAGUGAUAUUCAAGGGUGUUUGGAUAGAGGCAUCGCUCGGAUUUCUCAGAAACCUUCGGACAAUGAAGUUUCUGAUAUAGAGAGGUUUGCCAUGUCCUUGGAGCGGUCUUCUCGCCUCAUUUUGGUGAAGAGUUUUCGAGAACUGGAGGGCGAAUGCUUGGACUAUCUCCAAUCUUUACUCAACAAGAAAAUGGUUCCGGUCGGUCCACUCGUUCGACAGUCUGAGACCGAUGAAAACGAUGAAACUUCAAAAAGCUGCAUUGAAUGGCUUGACAAGAAAGAAAAGGGUUCCACCGUUUUUGUCUCUUUCGGUAGCGAGAUCUUCUUAUCAGCAGAAGAUAUAGAAGAGAUAGCAUUCGGUCUAGAGCUAAGCGGUGUAAACUUCAUAUGGGUGAUAAGGUUUCCUUCCGGAGAGGAGAAGACGACGAAAGAGACACUCCCAAAAGGAUUCACCGAAAGAGUAAACGAAAGAGGGAUCAUUAUAGAGAAAUGGGCACCACAAGCAAGAAUCUUGAGGCAUGAAAGCGUGGGAGGGUUCUUGAGCCAUUGCGGAUGGAGUUCGAUAAUGGAAAGCUUGAAACUUGGAGUUCCCAUCAUAGCAUCGCCAGUGCAUAACGAUCAACCCGUUAAUGCUAAGCUCGUGGAGGAAGUAGGGGUCGGAAUGGAGGUGAAGAGGAACGAGAAAGGAGGGUUUGAGAGAAAAGAGAUAGCAAAAGUGAUUGAAGAAGUGGUGAAAGGGAAUGGUCAUAAACUUGUGAAGAAGAGAGCAGCAGAGAUGAGUGAUCGGAUUAGCAAGAAUGGCGAUAAAGACAUCGACAAAGCAGUUGAAGUGUUGAGAAGCCUGUGUGAAAUGGGCAGGAUCUGA